AUGCCACCAACCAAUUUAGGUAAGGCACGGGUUGAUAACUUGCGUGCAUUGUGGGAGGCUGGCCUGACCAGUGUAGGGGACAAGUGGAAGAUCUUUAAAACGAUGGAAGUCACAGGUUUAACAGAAACAACGAUCAAGAACUGGAUAGGAAAUGAAAGAAGGAGAAGAGGAUUGGCGAUUAAGAGGGGCCUAAGAGACCCGGUUAAUACACCUAAGUAUGUGCCGGGUCAAAAGCGGAAAAAAUCAGGUUACUCUGUUUUUAAGAGUUCCUCCUUAUCUGGCGAAAAAGCUCUCAAGUUGUUAGCUGACGGCCAUGGACCUGGCAUAGUCCAAAAGGAAGCUAAUAUUGCCUACCGCCAGUUAAUGACUGCGGAAAAGGAGAGGCUGAGAAAAGAGGCAGACAAGGAAAACUCUGCUGACCCAGCAGACUUGGCUUGGAUUCCAAGGCAACGGCUCAUUGGAAAGAUUGUUGCCAAUAUACAUACUAACAUGCAAAAACUUGAUCAAUUGGGCUGCCCUUCAGUUUGGCUGGGGUACAGUGGGGCCACUCCAGAGAGACUCUUCUCUCCACAAAUGUCACAUCUGGCAAAGGACGCUACAUUCACCAAUUAUGUGGUCUCCACCAUGGUGAAUAAAUUAAGCAAAACACAGAUGGCCGAAGAAGCUGCAACAAAGUUGCAGAAAGAAGGAAAGCAAAAGAGGAAGAGAAAAUCUCAGAAAUCAGGUAUUUAUGUCUGAAAUUAUUCAGCUAACUUUUAAAGUCCAGCUCAUAAGUGCCUUGCAUUGAAAGCACAUUCGCAGAAAAUUACUUACCUAAACGUGGGAACAAUUUAUUUCAAAGUUGGCCGAAGUUACUCGCGUAAGUUGUUCUAGUAUAUUGCUCCGAUUUGAUAGCGUUUUUUUUCUUGCACUUGAAUUACAUUUGGAAAGCCUGAAAUGCAACUAAGAAAUAAAUUAAACAAUCUGGGUUGGUACACUGGCACUUUACCUUACAUAUUAACAAAAGAAGAUUGAAUUCUCUAGAAGCCAUAUUAGUAUCGUUAAUUUGGA